UCCCAGUGCGCAGCCGCAGCCCGGGUGACGAAGAUGGUGCUCAUCAAGGAAUAUCGUGUGGUGUUGCCGGUCUCUGUGGAAGAGUAUCAAGUUGGUCAGUUGUACUCUGUGGCUGAGGCCAGCAAGAAUGAGACAGGAGGAGGAGAAGGCAUUGAGGUGCUGAAGAAUGAACCUUAUGAGAAGGAUGGAGAGAAGGGACAAUACACACAUAAAAUAUACCAUCUAAAGAGUAAAGUCCCAGGGUAUGUGAAGAUGAUUGCACCAGAGGGAGCAUUAGUUUUUCAUGAAAAGGCUUGGAAUGCCUACCCAUACUGUCGCACUAUUGUGACGAAUGAGUACAUGAAGGACGACUUUAUGAUAAAAAUUGAGACGUGGCACAAACCUGACAUGGGAACAGUAGAAAAUGUCCAUGACCUGGACGAGCAGACGUGGAGGACUGUGGAGGUGGUUCCCAUAGAUAUUGCAAACAAAGAAGAAGUGGCCCCUGGGGACUAUAAGCAAGAAGAAGAUCCGGCUCUUUUCCACUCUGCCAAGACAGACAGGGGACCUCUAGGCCCUGAAUGGAAGAAUGAGCUGAAGACAGACUGUCCUUACAUGUGUGCAUACAAACUGGUCACCGUCAAGUUCAGAUGGUGGGGUCUGCAGACCAAAGUUGAAAAUUUCAUCCACAGGCAAGAAAAGCGUAUUUUCACCAACUUCCACCGCCAGCUGUUCUGCUGGAUUGACAAAUGGGUGGGUUUGACCAUGGAGGACAUCAGGCGGAUGGAAGAGGAGACUCAAAAAGAGCUUGAGGAGAUGCGUCAGAAGGGAGAUGUGCGAGGCACCUCUGCAACAGACGAGUAGAGGCCCGUCACUGUAGGUCAAACACUAGAGGCAGGCUGACUGCGUAAAACAGGUCCGAUUCGAGGCACCAGUGCUGCUCAUGAGCAAUGAGGCAAAUCAAACAAACCCUGUCACGAUGACGUCAUCCGAGACACGUCCACCAUGAUGAGGAAGUGGCCCUGACGUCGCCUCUUCUCUUCCUGUCUCACAUGAUUCAUUGGGGGGUUUGACAAGAUUGGUUAACAGUACUGUACAGAUCCUACCCCAAUCACAAGCCUCCUGUUCACCCAGAAAACAAACAAAAAAAACAUGGUUUUGCAUACAUAUAAAAAGGAAAAAAAAAACUCUUUGCACAGAACGUAAAAUGCCUGAUAUGUAAUUGUUAGUUGAUUAUUACAAUGGGCUUUGUUUUUAUUCAGGUGUGUAAACCGUGACUCAGAAAGUCAAGCCUUUUAAAUUAAUUAGAAUGUUGUUUUUAGGUAAACAGAUUCCCACAAAAAUUGGUAUAAGAUGACUUUAGCAGGUAUUGGACCAUUUAUCUCCUCACCCUCCCUUGUAUUAUAACUGUCUGUCUCUACUUUACUCCCUGUCUCCCCCCUUCAGUAUUGUCUGUAUUCUCGUCCUGGUAAAAGUUGUCUAGAUCUCCUCCCCCCGUGUCUCACUGUCCCCUCUGUCUGGCAGUCGGUUGGGAAUACUGAUGUUUCUGUUUUUUCUUUCUUUUAUAGUUUUUAAUUUUCGAGGCUAUUCCAUGCCUGUUGAUGGUUCAAAGCAGAUAUAAUGCUCAUGCAUGAUAGAUAAUUCUUUGCUAUUGUUUUCCCCUCACGUGCACUCGUGUCCCACAUUUCGACAUGCACACCGGCCCUCCUCCCCCUCCGUCACAAGUGCAUGUUGACAACAGCAACUCCUCACUAAACUGUCAUUGCAUGUGUAUCGCCGCUGCAGUGCAGCUUCGCUCAAGUGGAAAGUUAGUGUUGAUGUAGAGAGAGGGUUAGCGCCCUCUAGGAGAGUCUGUACAAAACACCUGUGUGUUAGUGUGUGCAUUUGUGUGCUCGUUUGUGUUAUCAACUGCCUUCACUCUUAAAGGACUGUCGCUCUCGGGACUGAGAUGGAGAACGUUCGGCUUAAUAUCAAGGCUUCUGAGUGGUGUCGGCACACAGCUGUGCUCUGGCUCUACGACCGGCCUGUUGGACUUUGCCUCAUGCCGUCGCUGCAUGUCCUUUCUCCUUGGCUAGGGCUUUAACUGGAGGGCUCCCACUGCCUCCACAAAAGCUAUUUUUUCUUCUUCUUCGAAUUCUUUUUUCCUUUUUUUUUUUUUAAUUUUUAAAACUAAAACAAAUGAGGAUGAGCGUCUGCGUGAAUCAAGGUAGUUUUUUAUAUCUUUCUCAAACUACCGUUUCCUCUCUCAACUGACAGAGCAAAUGGGUCCUGGCAGAUCUGCGAUUUUUGUUGCAGCUGUGGAUUGACGAGCAUUCUGGGUGUAUAGUUUUUAAUUAUUUUUUUUAAUUUUCACCAUGUAUACUGAUUUUUAAGCUCUUCGUCUACCUUAACUACGGGAAAGUAUGAGAGCAGUCUGAACUUUUCUUGACAGUUUCUAGUUAAGGAUGAAAUUGCUUUGACAAAGGUUAAAUAAAUUGGACUCUUACAGUUUAGAUCGGUGGUGGGUGACCUAGUACAAGCCUUGAUCUGAAAACAGGUGGUGUCUUUAUCCUGCUCUCUCUCUCUCUCUCUCUCUCUCUCUCUCAUGCAUCACUACUUUGUGUGUGUGUAUGUUUGUGUGCGUGUGUGAGACUUGAGGUUGUAGCCGUUUUAUCACAGCAAGAGCUGAGUUUAGCCGUGUUUAUUUUUGAUCUCGUGCAGAUCCUGUUGGGCUCUAGGUAAAAUAUUUUUGCGAGGUUUUAUAUGAUCCUGAUGCAGCUUAGUGCAGUUUCACAGCUGUUACUAAGACUUAGUCUAUUCCAUCGGGUGUGAGUGUCUCCAAAAUUCUUAGGUUUCGUUGUAACCUAUCUUUGUGUGGUCUGCGUUUGACAGGUUAAGGGAGAGUUAUAAGUGUACUUUAUAACAGAAAUGGACAAACUGUACAUACAAACACUGACUUGAAUGGGGAAAUUCACAGCUACUAGGCGUUGUCAGGUCCAUCAUUCAUUACUGCACUGCUAAAAGUAACUUUAAGGAAGCUGUGACGUCAGAGCAGGUAAAUGCCGGCUCUGUGGACAGUGCGCUGUGUCUGUAAAGUGGAGCAAACUGUUGGCGCGUCGUUGCUCAUACCAUAGUUUAACUGUACCUCAGCCAUGCUUACGAAUGUACAGCUAGGAAAUAGAUGUGUCAGAGUAUGCAGGGAACCGCUGAACUGCAGGAACACUGACUCGUUUCACACCUGCACAAGCAUGACAUGGACCCAUUAUAUCGUCAAUACGUGAGGACAAAUGGAUUUACUAAAGCUAGAUUUGAUCUGCACACUUUUUGUAUUCUUUACAUUUUCCUUUCUUUUCUUUCGAUCAUUCUCCAUUUUACGUUUGAUCAGUGCAUCAGUGCUUUUGAGAAGCUCUUUAACUGCACCAGACAAGAAGGGAAAUCCUUUUGAAGGGCGGCUUCUCCUCAAAAUCAAACUGGACUCAGCUCGACCUCAGGUUUGCCGACGAGGAGUGAAAAGCCUGACGAGUUUGGUGAUGACGGGAGUCGCCCUGUAGACUAGAACAGGCUGUGUGAUGUACAGUUUUGUAGCAUUGCCGGUGAUGCCAGCCAGGGUAUGACUGAGGGGAGGGAUAGAAGCUUAGGGAACAGAUGGAGUCCAAAAUACUGUUUUCUUUAUUGUAAUCAUGAAUAAGCACUUGCAAAAUCUACUGUUUUUUUUUCUUUUCUUUUAUGUUUUCUUUUUUGUUUUUGAAAGACAAAGAUUCACAAUGUAUUCAAUUUUCUCUUUUCUGAUAAGGCAAAAUUCAGGGGAAUUAGUAGUGAAUGUAAUACAAUUAGUUCCUUUUUUUUUUUUCUUUUUCACAGCUUUCAAGCUGUGGCAGAAGGUCUAGACAAUGGAA